UGCCCGGAAAGUUAGCCGCUGACAGUCCUUUGCUCCCAGGAAUUCAUGAAGCCUCAUAGCCCUGUCUGUGACUUUCUGCAUACACAAACCCACCCUCUUCCACAGAAUCACUUCUCGCUAUCCCACAAGUCAUCCCUUCUCUCUCAUUCAUAUGUAUAUCCCAUCCUUUCAUUUCCCAACCCAUUUCCGUUUCCCAUCUCUCCCCUCUCCGAAUCAUGCCUCUGGCUCCUCCUCGCGCAUCAACAGCCUCUCAGCUCUACUGGUGCUUCCGCUGUAAUCGACUGGUCAGGCUCGUCCCCUCCCACAUCUCCGACAUUAUCUGCCCUCGUUGUUUCCAACGCUUCCUCUGUGAAUUCAACCUACCAACACCCUCCCUCCUCUCCGGUUUCACCAAUCCCCGCCCUUCCCCUGAAUCGCGUUUGCUCGAUGCCCUGUCUCUCAUGCUUGACCCGCCCGUCCGCCGCUUCUCUGACCCUGAAUUCGAGCUUCGACGCUUACCGUCGUUUCAGUGGAGACCUCACGAGCAUGAAGGACGAACUAGUGAGAACCCACGUGUUGAGAUUCCGGUUCGUCGCGUAAGACGUCCCCGACAUCGUAGCCUUGAUGCCAGAGAUAGUGGUUUCGACCCAGAACCAGGAACCCAACCUCGUCCUCGGACUUGGGUUAUUGUUCGACCUGUUGAUCGUUCCAACUCAUUCGAACGGAUUCCUCGGCGACAGGAUUCAGUCCCACGACGGGUUGAUCCGAGAGACUACUUUUUUGGGCCGGGUUUGGAUGAACUGAUAGAACAACUGACGGAAAAUGACCGGCAGGGCCAGCCUCCAGCGCCGGACAGAGCUAUCGAAGCAAUUCCGACUGUGAAAAUAUUGGCGACUCAUUUGAAGGAGAACCCUCAUUGCCCGGUUUGCCAGGAGGAGUUUGAAGUGGGUGGGGAAGCAAGGGAGUUAGCCUGCAAGCAUAUAUACCAUUCUGACUGCAUCGUGCCAUGGCUAAAGCUCCACAAUUCUUGCCCCGUUUGCCGGCACGAGGUGCCGGUGCUUUCUAACUGCGACGAAUCAAGGGACGAUGGUGGCGGCAGGUGGCGGCGGUGUUUGAGGUGGAGUCAGUUGGCUUCCCUUUGGCCUUUCCACGGGAGGUUCCGACGGGUCAAUCCGGAACGGUAGAAUGAUUCUACUUCUGCAUGUGGGUGCCUCCGCUAAAUUCAUUCAUAGAUAAAAUAGCAAAAUCUACGAAAUACUGAAUGACUGCGUGCUCAUGCUCACAUCGCGCUUCUCUGUACUCCUA